AUGGUGAAUCCGGGCAGCAGCUCCCAGCCGCCCCCGGUGACGGCCGGCUCCCUCUCCUGGAAGCGGUGCGCAGGCUGCGGGGGCAAGAUUGCGGACCGCUUUCUGCUCUAUGCCAUGGACAGCUACUGGCAUAGCCGGUGCCUCAAGUGCUCCUGCUGCCAGGCGCAGCUGGGCGACAUCGGCACGUCCUGUUACACCAAGAGCGGCAUGAUUCUUUGCAGAAAUGACUACAUUAGGUUAUUUGGGAAUAGCGGUGCUUGCAGCGCUUGUGGACAGUCUAUUCCUGCGAGUGAACUCGUCAUGAGGGCCCAAGGCAAUGUGUAUCAUCUGAAGUGUUUUACAUGCUCUACCUGCCGGAAUCGCCUGGUCCCGGGAGAUCGGUUUCACUACAUCAAUGGCAGUUUAUUUUGUGAACACGAUAGACCUACAGCUCUCAUCAAUGGCCAUUUGAAUUCACUUCAGAGCAAUCCACUACUGCCAGACCAGAAGGUCUGCUAA